AGAAAAGAGGAACGAAAGGAGGACCUAAGAAGUGAUACAAAAAGCGCCACAGGUCAAAAGAAGAAGAAGAAGAAGGAGCAGAGUGUAAACAAAAGCCUUGGAGGACCACGAAAAAGGAGGCACUCGGGACAUUUCUACGCCAGGCGGCCACUAAAGGUACACCACCAGUCACCUAGCAGCAGCAGGAUGGAUGAGGCAACGAAAGAACAGGAACAGAAGCAGAAGCAGGAGGAGGAGAAGGAUGUGGUAGGGCAGGGUGAGCAGCAGGGUGAGGGAUCAAGACCACAAACACCGGACAGUGACGACAGUGACGACUCCUUUCACACCACCUCCGGCGAAGACCCUUCCACAAACAUGGCUGGCUUGACGUUAGAGGAGGAUCGGCUGAGAGUGAACGAGAGUGAUGACACACCCUGCUACACACCAGAGCCUGGGCCAAUCCUGGGGGACAAGGAAGAGGCAGAAGAGGAGGAGGAGAAGAAGGACAAAGACAAAGAGGAUGAGGAGGAGUCUGAGGAGUGUUACGUGGAUGAAGAGUACCUCAAGGACUUGGAGCUGAACAUGACGGAAGAAGAAAGGACUGCAAGGAAGGAGGAGAGUCUGCAGCACAAGGAGAGUGGCAACACCAACUUCCGGAGCGGUGAGCUGCAGGCGGCGGUGAAGGAGUACACGGCGGGCCUGCGGGUGUGUCCUCUGUCCUUCCCCAAAGACCGUGCCGUCCUCUACUCCAACAGGGCGGCGACGAGGGCAAAGCUGGAUCAGAAGAAGGAGGCCAUCAGGGACUGCACCCGGGCCAUUGAGCUCGACGAGACCUACACGAAGGCUGUCCUGCGCCGCGCCAACCUGAACCAGGACACCGACAAGCUGGAUGAGGCGCUCAAGGACUUCACACGCGUCCUGGAGCUGCAGCCGUCCAACCGAGAGGCUCAAGAGGCCGUCAGGAGGCUGCCAGACAUGAUCAAUGAGAGGAAUGAAAAGCUGAAGGAGGAGAUGAUGGGGAAGCUGAAGGACUUGGGUAACAUGUUCCUGCGACCAUUCGGACUCUCGACAUCAAACUUUGAGAUGAAGCAGGACCCAAACUCUGGUGGGUACAACAUCAGCUUCAACCAGAACCCUCCAAACGGUCAUUAACUCACCCGUACUCGCUGACGUUCUCUUGUGAUCCUGUGGCCGCGUCUGCCUCUAGCGUUAAGGUGUGUGGUGUGUAUAGUUAGAGAUGGAUGUGUGGAGUAAAGGAUGAGAAAAAGAAAGAAAGAAAGAAAGGGGCGAGGUGUGUAUAAAUAGAGAUAGGAGGUGUGGAGUAAAGUAUGAGAAAAAUAAAUAAAGAAAGAAAGCAUUAAGGUGUGUAAAUAGAGUGAUCCGAGAGAAGUGUGUGUGGAUGAGGAGGUGAUGAGGCAUGUGGAGUUAAGAAUGAGAUAGAGAUGAAAGAAAGAAGAAAUAAACCAAAAAAAAAUGAAACCGAGGAAGAGAAAAAGAAAAUCACACAAAGAUAGAAAUAUAAUAGACAAAAAAAAAAUAAAGAAAAAUGUAAAAGAGAAGAUAAAAAUAAAAUGAGAUGAAAAAUAAAAUUGGAAAGGAAAAGACUGAAAUAAAACACAGUGAGAAAGAUCAGUAAAUCAAAACAAGUAUUAAAAAAAUGGUCUGAGAUAAGCAUGUGGACAAGUAGGUGAUGAGAUAUAUGGAGUAGAGAAUAAGAUAAAGAAAGAAAAAGAUGAAAAAAAUAUAUUGUGGCCAAGUCUGCCUCUAAUCUUAAGAUGUCAGAUGUGUAUAUAGAAUGGUCUGAUAAAGGUGGGUGGAUGAGCAGGAAGGAGUAGAAGAUGCAGCAUGGGGGGGUGAAGGAUGAUGAAUACUUGUGAGAGAAGGAUGAGAGGUAAAUAUGAGGCAUGCUGAAGAGAAGGGACAUAAGGGACUAAACCAUUAUUUUUCUAGUUUGUACUGGGAAAGACAGGCUAGACUACACAACCCAGGAGACACAAGAUAUAAACAUAAAAGGAAAUAACCAAAAAAUACUAACAUUAAAAAAAAAGGAAGGAAACAUUAAAGAAAAAAAGUAUGUAAGAAAGAGAGAAAGAGGAAAGAGGUAAGUUGCAAGGGAAAAGCGGCCCUCGGUACACCAUAUACAAGGUCACAUUUCCCCUGCUACCUAUUUCUUGUUCUUCCUGUGAUGUGUAACUUGCCUUUCCCAGUGCAGUCAAGGAAAAAAUGGUGUCAUCUCUUAAGCCAUUUCUUUUCUGGAUGUCUCAUUUAUGACCCACCACCACCCUAGCUAUGUGAUAUUGUCUAACGGUGGCUUGUUGUAAGUAGUGUGGUUUUUCUACUUCUACACUUAAUAAAUUUAUACAUAUAGCAUACGUUUUAUCCAUGUUCGUUUAGUUUUGUCCGUAUGAUUUUUUUAUAUGCAAGGAAUUUUCUCUAUAUAUACAUUUUUUAUACUCUAUGGUGGAGGCUUCUGGUGAGGUCAUGGCUUUAGGAGUGUUCGUAGAAGCUGACCCCAGAGCAGGUAACUCGGUAAGGGGUUUUCGGUUUACCUUGGUCCAUGAACCUAUUGAACACUUCUAAGCUUCCGUGGGGAUUUUUUUCAUUCAUUCACGAGUAAGUGCACAGGUGUAGAACAAUUGUUGAGGUGUCACAGAGGGUUGUCCAUCCAACACUCACAUAUCACAUAAAUAAACUGUCGCCUCUUCUGUAUUCAAAUGAGUAACUUCAGGUCUUCUGCCAGUAAGUGUUGAACUAAACUUUGUAACAUUAGAUCAGUCUGCUAUGGUUGGCAAGAAUGAGUGAAUGUUCUUUACGAUCUGUCAGUAAAUAAAUUUGGUAUACUUCUGUUGUUAUUACAGCAUCAUAGACUGUUCCCACACAGGCGAGGGGUGAUGUAGGUGUUGGACCAUGGGAGCGAUGUGUGGACUGUCAAAGGGUUGGCUUAGAGUUAUAGCAUAUUCACUGCCUUAAUCUAUGUGUUGUUAGUAUGUUUUCGUCUUGUCAGAGUACUCUUGGAAGCCAGAAACUGAUGGCGUCCUAAGCUGCAGACCCUGGCAGCAGAUGGACCACAGGCAGAAGUACUAUUUACUUGUGAAAAAAUAUAACCAGUAUAAAAUUAUCAUAUUUAUGCAAAGUUACUGCAUUAGAGGUUAGGAAUACUACUGGUGCAUGCCCUUCCUCCUCCUCCUUCCCAGCAAGAGGUGAGAACAGCAGUGUGGGAUUUAGUCCAUCAGUGAGUGCUCUCUUUAAUGUUGAACUAAGGCCCUGUCCACACUAUCGGAGGCACUACUCUUCCACCUGUGGGGAGUGCCUGAUAGGCCUUACUCAUUGCACUACUGCUUCUUGUCAACCACUGACAUUUCUGUGUUCUGAAGUUACAGCCAUCAUGACUGUAAACCUCUUUAGAGUUUAUCACGAUGCUGUCCUGUGCUGUUCUCAUGACAUCUCUUAAUUUAUUUCACUCUAAAGACACUACUAGUUACACCUGUUUGCUAUGGACUUUCAAGACAAGGUUCCAAUGACUUGUUAAGGACCCUGCAUUUACAGAGGUAAAAAAAAAAAGUCCUUUGCAUGGUAUUAAUUAAUCUGUGCGCUUUCUGUUCUGUCCUGUUCCAGUGUGAAUGCUUGCCGUCAGCUGUCAAGAUGUGUGCAAUGUGUAAAUAAACAGAAAAUUCCUGUCAGAUUUUCCUUUCCACUGCUUCACAUUCUUCUCCUGUGUCACUUGUUGUGAUGACCUAGACACAAAUUCAGUAAGAAAAAUCUUCAGGGGGCAUCAAGAAAAUGUUAAAGAAAAUAUAAAUUUGGUAUGAACGUGUAUUUCAAGUGAUAAAAAUGUUAAGACAAUGAAUUUUGCUUAGUAUCAAUGUUAGCUAUUUCUUGUGUACAAAAACUAUAGUAUUUUUCCCUCCCUUUCCUCAAGGAGUGAUUUCUCUCAGUUACAGUAUUGCACUAUAUUAACAGAUACUUCAGGCAUGGCGGCGCACUACAGAAGCACACGAGUAAUAUGAGGCAAGGCACUCAAAUAUU